CAUUAUUAAGAGCCCAGUAACAACCCGAUUGACUUGGAAGUAACUUUGUCUACUUGUCCUUUUCGUGGCUUGAAGUGACAACCAAUCCAAUUACUUAAACCUUCAAUUAUUUGUUAUAGUCUUUGAAUUACAUUAAAAGAUGCGAGCCACUCUAAUCUGUUGGCUUCUUUUGGCUAGUCUACUAGCGAACGUUGGAGCAAGAUCGCCCGUCUUACCAAAAUUCGAUGUUGACAUCAUAACCUCUUUAGAUAGCGAAGACGCUAAAGUUGAUCCAAAGUUGGUUCGCACUUUGCUUGAUAACAAUUUCGAAAGCGGAACUUUGAGCCCUUGGUACGAUGAAUCACCUGGUUACGUCAACUGGCGGGUUGAAAAUCUCGCAUCACCUUCGGAGGCGAAUUCCACGGCACCCAAACCGGCUACCGGCUCUCAAUAUGUGAGAGCGACGCGUAAUGCAGACUUGGCGUCCGGCCUUGCAAUCCUUCGUAGCCCAACUUUUACUGCUAGUCCUGGUGAUCGAGUUUCUUUCGAUUUCUGGAUCCGCUCUAAACGCCCAGAGGGGAAUAAUCUUGAGCUGGUCUGGGUGGUAGAUCGCACCGAACAACAACUGGUCAGCCUGUCGCAGUUUUCAACCUUGUCCAAUUAUGAAUGGCGAACACAAUCCGCUGUUAUACCAGUAGAUGUUCCUACCGAAGGCGUGUUGGUAUUUUAUGGCUACUGUGGAAGCAAUUACGAAGAUGCUGUUGCCAUUGAUAAUAUUUUCGUCGAGUCUUCAACUUACACCACCCAAGCACCUGCUUCAGACUGCAUAGUUUUGUCCGCGUCGUUCGGAACGUUCACAUCUCCGAAUUAUCCUUCAAGUUAUCCUGAAAACGCCAAUGUAUGCUGGUUGAUUACUGGUGCUUACAGUAUUACGCUGCAAUUUAAUAAUUUUGAAACUGAAACUGGAAAAGACACUCUGAAAAUUUAUUUGGGACCAACAAUAUCCUCAGAGCUUUUCGCCGACUUGAGUGGCUCAUAUAUACCAAAUCAAAUAACCAAGUACACUGAAUCAAUGUUGCUUGUGUUUACAAGUGAUUCAGCAAACAGUUAUGCAGGAUUCAGUAUCACCUACCAAAUAGUUCGACAAUCAACAACGUCCCCUUCUACAACUUCUUCUCCUCCUACAACAGAUCCUCCUACCACAACUCCUUAUACAACUCCUUAUACAAUUUCCAGUACCAAAGCUCCGACAUACGCUCCAAUUAUAUGCGAAACUACAACGGAAUUCCAAACUACAACGGGGUUCCCAACUACAACGGAAUUCCAAACUUCAACGGAACACUCCAGUUGUGGCGGUUUAAUUAGCGGGUACAGUGGCAUCAUCAAUUCACCAAACUAUCCAUACGAAUACGAAAACAAUCUUGAUUGCCGCUAUUUAAUUCAAGUGCCCUGUGGCUAUCGAGUGCGAUUGUACUUCAAUUCUUUUAACACAGAAUCGGGUUACGAUUUCGUUAAUGUUCAUGACGGACCAUCCACCAGCAACUACCUUAUUCUAAGGGCAUCUGGCACCACUCGACCUUCUACCGUAUAUUCGAGCUCAAAUGAAAUUCUGUUGCGAUUCACGACGGACAGCUCCGGGACCAGAUCAGGUUGGCAAGCAACAUUUGAAUACUACUACUAACAAACCUGACAAUAUUGUAACCGAAGCAAGAGUGAACAAUACACAAGGAUAGUUAUUAGUUAAA